AUGUUCUCUCGCUCACCAUGCAACCCCUGGGUGCCAGCAGCCGGCGGGUUAGGCGUGGUUAACCCCGAAACCCUGAGCACUCAGCCGCGGACCGUCCAACCCGAAACAAUUCCCGACUCCUCCUCCUCCGGAAAGCAUUGGAUCGAGGCCAAGGCUUGGGAGGAUAACCCUCCGGCGCUCGGAAGGAGAACCGCGCGCAGCAGGCGGCAGGCCUAUGGGCCUUCCAUUUUCCCCACGCGCGGGGUAUUUUGCCUGGCUCAGCCCAACGCCCUCGUGCAGUCGGAAAGGGGGUCUGCUUCCUGCCCGAUCUGGCGCACACGCUAG